AUGUCAUUCAAAGAAGACAAAGGUUCUGGUGAGAGCCUUCUUGGUAGCGACAGAGAGAGUGACGAGAUCGAGUGGACUCCGCCGAACCAGCGACGCAAUUGGAGAACACAUGCUUGGGUUGUUCUUAACCUUCUUCUCUUCAUGAUAUCUCUGGGUCUCUUUAUGGCUGCCUCCUUUAGAUUCAGCCCAGAGUCCGACAUGGAUCACAUUCGCAAGACUUCCUUUUACUCUCCUGUCCUGGAUUCAAUCAACUUCAAGCUGGGGCCCAUUGAGACAGAGGGCGGCUUAUUCGAGGCGAAGAAUCCGUCGAAAUGGCGCAACUCUCUCAAGCCUGAUCCAGAAGUUGAUGAGGCGUGGGAGGAUCUUGAGAUCAUCCGUGUUUUCCCUAUCACCGAGGCCGAGGUUCGCCGACUGGGCAAAGAUCCAGAACUCCUCGUCAAGUUCCCACCAGAGUAUGGUCUUGGUGAUAACGCUUACAUGGCGCAAAUCGACAUGUUUCAUCAAAUCCACUGCCUCAAUCUUCUUCGGCAUCUGGCUUGGGCCGAGUACAACCGCAAUGGUACAGCGAAGAAGCCUUUUAGCAACUUGCAUUGGAUUCAUGUCAGUCAUUGCACGGACAUAUUGAUGCAAAACCUGAUGUGUAAUGGUAAUCUGGACAUCAUCACGUUCAACUGGGUUGAGACUCAGUCGAACCCAUUUCCAGACUUUGCUGUCAACCAUCAGUGUAGGGAUUUCGAUGCGAUAUAUGAGUGGCAGGAUAAGCACUCUGUGCCAAAGGAAUGGGGGCGGAAUGUCUCUCGGCCAGCUGGUGCAAAGCAGAUUCCAAUUAGUGAAGAGUAUUAUCGGAUAUAUGGCAUCGAGAAACCGCAGGUAUCUUCAGCGCCAUAG